GUUCCUUGGGCAUUGUAUAGAUGGGUCAGCAAUUCAACUCUUCUAAUAUUAUCAUUGGUAGCAAUUUGGUGGAUAUAACUUUCUCCCCCUUUAUGUGCAUUUACAAUAUAUAUGUAUAAUUAUGUAUCUUGAUGGUUUUAUUUACAUGAAUGGGAUCAUAAAGAUCUUUAACUUUUUCACUUAUAAAUAUAUCUUGGAUACCCUGCUUCAUCAGUAAAUUUACUUACAAGUAAGUUCUAUGCCCAACAUGGGGCUUGAACUCAUGACCCUGAGAUCAAGAGUCUCAUGCUCUACGGACAGAGCCAGCCAGGUGUCCCUAAAUUAAUUAUUUUUUAACAGUUAUAAUUUGUUAGUAUUCUCUGAGUAUUAAUAGACUGCUAACCAUUAAAUGAAUCCUCAAUUUUACCAAGUGGUGAUAUUACCAAUGACUGGUUAUCUUUAUACACCUUUACAUCAAUGGGCCAGUAUUUCUGGUGUUUUUUUAUUUGUAUUGGUUUUUGUAUUCAGGGCUUUGACCAUUUCCAGCAGAAAAGAAUGGCCAACACUUGUCUUUUCCUUGGAGGGAGCUCAACUAUUGGGAGCCAUCCUUGUGCCUGAGUCAUAACUGCCCUUAUGACAUCAUAGGUCUCCUUAUCCACUCUAUCUACGCAUCCAUGGCUAAAGGAACACAGACAUGAGGGGAUUUGAACCAUCUACACCCAAUCCAUGUGGGACCAAUGGAGAAGGAACAGCCUGAACAAAUUAAUGAACAAACUGAAGAUGAGCCUCAGCAGAAAGAGGAACCGACUGGUUUAUCCCCAGAAUUACUGACUUCAGAGAAGAAGGUGGAGGCUGAAGAUGUAGAUACAGUCAAGACAAAUAAAGUGGAUGGUGCUAAUAAUGGAGAUAGACAAAUUCCAGGAAACCAAGAUAAGCCCUCUACCAGUAAUCCAGAAGUCAUAAAGAUCCAGGCCUGGUGGCGGGGCACCCUCGUGCGCCGGACACUGCUGCACGCAGUAAUCAGAGCACUGGUCAUUCAGCGCUGGUGGAAGAACAUCCUGACAAAGCUGAUGGAGAAGAGGCGGCGUGCAGCACUGGAGACCUUUACACGGAAUGAGUGGGCAGCAGUCAAGCUGCAGUCCUGGGUCCGCAUGUGGCGCAUCCGUAGGCGCUAUUGCCGUCUGCUCAAUGCUGCCCGCAUUAUCCAGGCCUACUGGAGGUGCCACUCCUGUGCUUCCCGGGGUUUCAUCAAGGGCCAUUACAGAGUCACGGCCAACCAGCUGCAUCUCGAGCUAGAGAUCUUGCUGGGCUCAGGGCCUUGCAUUGUGUCAGAGUGUAUUCCCCUCCCAAUAAAGCAGUGAAGUGGUCUUCCCCCAGCCUCUCUGUUUGACAAGUUCCAGGAGGUCAGGGUAAAUGAUGGCAGAUAUUGGCAUCUCAUAUGCUAGCUCUGAGGAAUGGGCAGGGGUUGUCCGAGGAUUUUGGGAAGAAUUCUGAGGCUUUGUCCAGACUGAGCAGAGACUGUGAUUAAUU